UGAAAAGCCCAAACCGGAAGUGUCUGUAUCUGUCUGGACUGUAUCCAAAAGUCAGAUAACGUCUUCGUUUUAGUUCAUGUUGAUACUUCUGUUUUGACACAGGAACUUAUUUAGUUUGCUCGUAUCUUGAGAUGACCAUGGCCGACGCCACGGAUGGACCCGGAGAGACUUUUAUUUUCCGAGCGGUCAGAAUAGCAGCGGUGGUUGCUCUGUAUUGGUUCGUUUCAAUAACAAUGGUCUUCCUCAACAAUUACCUGCUGGACAAUCGAGUCUUGGACGCGCCGCUGUUUGUCACUUUCUACCAGUGUCUGGUGACCGUGGGGCUGUGCUGGCUCAUGCAGCUGUUGUCCAAAGUGUGCCCGGGACUCAUCGACUUCCCGGUCGUCAGAUUCGAUUUAAAGACGUCCCGGGAAGUCCUGCCUCUGUCCAUCGUCUUCAUCUGCAUGAUCACCUUCAACAACCUGUGCCUGAAAUAUGUCGGGGUGGCUUUCUACACGAUCGGUCGUUCCCUCAGCACCGUUUUCAAUGUGCUGUUUUCAUAUUUUAUCCUGAAACAAACCACGUCUUUACAAGCCCUGAUGUGCUGUGGGAUCAUACUGGGUGGUUUCUGGCUCGGCGUGGACCAGGAAGGCAUGACCGGUGCCCUCUCCUGGUCAGGCGUCUUCUUUGGGGUCCUCGCUAGCGCCUGUGUCUCCCUCAACGCCAUCUUCACUAAGAAGGUGAUGCCCGCAGUGGACGGAAGCAUUUGGAAACUGUCCUACUACAACAACAUUAACGCCUGCAUCCUCUUCAUCCCGCUCAUCCUCGUGUUUGGAGAGCUGGGCCGACUCGUCAACUUCAGCGGCCUCACCAACCUCGGCUUCUGGGGGAUGAUGACGCUCGGAGGGGUGUUUGGUUUCGCCAUCGGCUACGUCACAGGCCUCCAGAUCAAGUUCACCAGCCCGCUCACGCACAACGUCUCGGGGACGGCCAAGGCCUGUGCUCAGACUGUGAUUGCGGUGGUGUACAACUCUUCCAGUAAAAGCCUGCUGUGGUGGACCAGUAACAUGUUGGUCCUCGGUGGCUCGUCGGCGUACACUUGGGUCAAAAGUCUAGAAAUGCAGAAGUCUCCUCCCAAACAACCUGAGAGCUCAGAUAAGGAGCAACUACUGCCAGGAGAGAAGAGCAACACGGGAGUGUGAGCUCCGUAACUGGGGUACUCGCAGGGUAACCUGCAGCUUUUAUCCAUGUGGAGAGAGAAUGUCAAGCAAUGAAGCACUUAUGUGAAUUUGAUUACUUAGUCCAAAGUUAUUUAUUUUCUUUUUAGAGCCAUUUCACAACUAUUUUUAAAAUGAUGUGUAUUUGAAAAAGGUGAAGAAAAACCUAUCGCACAGCUGAAUGUAUCACUGUCUCCACUCAACACCUCAUUACUAGUGGUUUGCAGUGGCAUUGCAUAGUUUUUUUAAAAAUAUUUUUUAUAAAGACACCAAAGAUUUGAUGUUUUAUCUUUAUCUAAAACCCGCUCUUGUGAUUUUUUUAAUAUCUGCUGUAUGUGAGCGUGGUGAUGAGGUAACUUUGGAGUCGGCUGGUUCAACACAUUCCAGACAAAUGCUUUAGUUUUUGCACAUCUGAGACACACGUGCCUUUUUUUCUACUAUAUUUCUACAUUCUGUUCAGACUCCGGAGAUAAUAAAACUGCUGCGUUGACACUGGAAAA